CGCCCUCAUUCAUUCAUGACCCCGGCUGGUGACGUAGGAGAUUCCACGUUGCCCACUGCCGUAGGCAACGACGGCAUGCUGGAGUAUAUAUGGGACACUGGUAGCCGAGAACAGGCACACUCUCAGUCGCUCCGACUCGGGAACCAGAGCAUCAGCGGAGAUAAGGCUUUACUUCGCCCUAGUAGGCUAACUCGCUUUGGGCUUUGGUUCAGGAUGGACAACUCUUCUGUUUCUCGGAGCCGACGGAGCUCCAUCAUGCGCAACUGCAAAAGCGGCCUCUCCCUCUGGCUGGUGGUCUGGCUGGUCCUCGGCAAGCCAAGUCCGGCAUCGGCGUGUCCGCACCACUGCGUGUGCUACCCGACGCCCAUGACUGUGAGCUGCCAGGCGCAGAACUUCACCGCCGUCCCCGUUGGGGUGCCGUACGAGUCUCAGCGCGUGUUCCUCCAGAACAACCGGAUCACGGAGCUCAGAGUUGGCUCUUUUGGCUUCGGAACUCAGGUUCUGUGGCUGUUUUCCAACAACAUCACGUGGAUCGAGGCAGGAGCUUUUAGUGAGCUGAGGGACUUGGAGGAGUUGGACCUGGGCGACAACCCGAACCUCCACAGGCUGGAGGGAGGCGCUUUCCGUGGUCUGGAGAAGCUCCAGAGCCUCCACAUGCACCGCUGCCGGCUCACUGCUCUGCCCCAUGACAUCUUCCACAAGCUGUACAGCCUGCAGUUUCUCUACCUGCAGGAGAACAACCUCCACUUUCUGCAGGACGACAUCUUUUCUGACCUCAUCAACCUGAGCCAGCUGUUCCUGCACGGCAACCGCAUCCGAACCCUUUCAGAGAAUGUGUUCCGUGGUUUGGUCAACCUGGACCGCCUUCUUCUCCAUGACAACCGCAUCAGGCAGGUGAACCGCCGCGCCUUCCGCGACCUCGGCCGCCUCACCAUGCUCUUCCUCUUCAACAACUCCCUGGCCGAGCUGCCCAGUCAGACCCUGAGGGACACCCAGGGCAUCGAAUUCCUCCGUCUCAACGCCAACCCCUGGGCCUGUGGCUGCGAGGCCCGCCCCCUGUGGGAGUGGUUCCGCGAGGCUCGUGUUUCCUCUUCUGAAGUGAUCUGUGCCUCCCCUUCAACCCGCCGUGGCCAGGACCUCCGGUUUCUCCGUGAGAUGGACUUCGCCCUCUGCCCCCUGCCCGAUCCAGGUUCCAUCGCUGGCUCCACCACCACCACAUUCAGCACCAAAACCCGUUGGUGGUUCCACAAGAACAAACCCCAGUCCUCCACGAAAGGCAUCUUUGAGAAGUCGUCAGAAACUGUGAAAGCUGGCUUGUAUGGAAAGAGCCCAUCCACGACCACCUCAAUAGUCAAGUAUGAGCUGGGAGAAGAAGAGCUGGCGUUGCCCAAACUCGACCCAGAAGAGUACUGGGCAAAUUACGGCAAUGAGGACUCAGGCGUCACCUUAAGGUGCUUCGAGCUCGAGUGCCCACCUGAGUUUGACCUGACUCCAUCCUCCUCCUCUCCUAGAUCCUCCUCUCUCUCUUUACUUCAACUACUGGCCCUUUCUCUCUUCACCUUCUGCUUCAACCUCCAUCUAGUUUUUGGCUGAACUGGUCCCUUAGUGGCACGCCCCUUCCCUUCCAGCCUGUUUUAAAGGCCGAGGGGUGCCUGUUAGACACUCCAUACCCCCUUUGCCCACUCUGCUGUAAGCUAAUCCUCAAGGAAAAGCAAGGGAGAUGGGGGGAGGCUAGAUUCUCAAUCUAACACUUAUAGGGCUCAGCACUUUUCAGGGCUGCUAAGAGUUCUUCAGCCACGAUCUUAAUUACUUACACAAUGAUCUACAGGCAUGACUUUUUGUGUCUUACCUGUAUGAUGUCAUGUUGCGACUCCCUGCGAUCAGGGCUACGAGGGCUGAGUCCGUCACCGGUACAGUCUGAUGGGAGUCGUGAAGGGUGUCGUCAUUUUUGUCACCUCAGCUUAGUGCGAUUAGUGCAUCCAGUCACCUGGCUGCCACCGAUGCUACGAUUACUGUUAGAGUCAGUGUACAGUAAUUACACUACUGUAACCACUUAAAGUGUUGUGUAAAUAGCUAUGUACCCCGUGAGUGUUCGGUCUGACAUUCGUGCUCCAGCACAAUCUCGUCUCAUUCGAUUCCAGGAAAACUGUGAAGGCUCGUGCCUCUACGUGACAGAGCACUAUGCACCGAGAUGGGAAGUGAUAGGAGGGGAAAAAAAUCAAUACGCUGUGAAGAAGGGAUGGAGAAAUGCCACAGGAAGAGGAGAAAGAAGCAAAACGACAGGGAUAGACUCUAUAAAUGACAGAAGAGCAAUAAGAAAAGGUCUGGGAGCAUAAGUUAGGUACAGUGUUGGCAGUAGAAGCAGCAACUUGCAGGGAAUUAGUAAUAAAUCCGCUCAUCCGUAGUUGUUCCACCCAUCCGACUCGUGUAAAUACGGUGUUGUUUAGCGACAACCACAUGGAAGAAUGCUUCCUGUCAGGAAGCCAGAGAUUCUGCUUUUGGAUGUCUUUCUGUGACAUAUUGAUAUAAUGUGCAAUGAUUGUUAAAUUAAAUGCCAAUGAAGAUCUUGAUAAAAAAAAGAUACUCUGAA